AUGUAUCCACCGGUAGAAUUCCAACGUGCUGGUUUCACGAUUCAAGCGUUAUUUUCGAAAUAUUUGGGCAGAGAAAAGGAUGACUUUAUUGGUUAUCAUUUGAGAAGGACAGUGUUAACGCGCUUUAUCCAUUUAUGCUUACCAUUAUUGUAUUUUGUCUAUUUAUCGGUGGUUCUACAAGAAACAGUAUUUGUCCUUAAGCCACAAACUAUUUUGCAGUUAUGUGCUCACUUAUCCAUUGUUAUUGCUUUUGGUUUUUUCAGUGAUGAGCAUUAUGGUAUUUCAGUGUCAGCCUCAGUAAUGUUUCGACAUUUGUGUAAUAAAUUUGAUAGUCAUUCCACUGUACGUCAUUUAAAACGUUAUAUUGGAAAUAAUGAAAUCAGUUGGCAUGGAAUAGCUGAAUCAAUUAACAGAGAGUAUCGGAAUACUUUAGAAACGUUAAGUAUCACUCUCACAGGCAUAGAUCGCGUUGUAAUGACAUCUUCAUGGAUUCUAAACAUAACUAAUUAUUCUUUAACUUGUGCACAAGUGGGUGAUGUUGUUCUAGAAGCUAUCAAAGCAGAUGAGCAUCCAAUUUCGCACCACUUGGAAAGCAGUGGUUCCACGCAAUUUGUCAAUAUAUGCGUGAAAAGUACUACUGAGUGUUUUGAACCAUUUGUCAUCAGGAUACGAACAGAAUCAUUUCGUGAUCUACGUAAUAAGCUAAAUAGACCCAUAGCAGUGGCUCGAGAAAUCGUAUUAAAACAGUCACUUAAUGAAUGUUUCAUUGAAGUUUUUACGAAGCAAAUCGCUCAUAACUUGAAAUAUGAUUAUGAUGAAGUGCAGCGCCUUGAGCCAUGUUUGGGUUGUUGCACAGAAAUUUCGAAUAUAAAAUUAUGGAAGCAGUGUUUGGAUUAUGCUGAAAACGAUGUAGAUGAUCAAGGAAGACCAAGACCUCAGUGUACUCAGUGCUACUGUAAACCUAUGUGGUGUGAUAGUUGUAUGGGACGUAUUUUUCUGUCCAAGCAAGACCCAUAUCAUCCAGAGUCAUGGUUACCUGGCAAAGCUCAAUGUCCAACUUGUCGAGCUACGUUUUGUGUGCUUGAUGUGGCGUUUCUAAACACAGCUGGUGCUUUGAAUGACUAA